ACCUCAGCAGGAAGUGUUUCAACUGCUUUGCAUGUAAAGUAAAUAAUUUUUAAGGGAAUAAUUUUAAAUGUCUUGACCAAGUGAUGCAUUUGUAUUUUGUGAUUUUUGCAGUAGUUGCAAUCAAGCAUUGUGACAUUUUAUUGUAAAUCAAGUUUUUGUGACAUAAGCAACAGAAGAGCACGGAUGCAGGAAGUGAGAAUCUGACAGAGAGAGAACUUAAGAUCAUAUGCGUCUCCUUUAGUGAUCAGCUGUUUCUGUAGUAUUAAUGCAAAGAAAAUGUACAUAAUGAAGAUGCAGAGAGAAGAAACAAUGCAACGUUUUGACAAAAGGACUGUCAGUUUGAAGAAGUUCAUUGCGUGUUUCCUUUGGCUCAUAACAGGUACUGAAUGCACAACAGGAUCAGCAAUCAGACUGUUAACGGUUCAGACUGGAGGAUCGCUUAUUAUUCCAUGUUAUUAUGACAGGAAAUACACUGAACACAAAAAAUACUGGUGCUUUCAGGCCAGGUCAGCAUACCCUUACUGCUCUAUUCUGGCAUAUGCUAAUGAAACCAAAGGAAAAGUGUCAGUAAUUGAUCAUCCAGAUCAGAGUUUCUUUACUGUGACUAUGAGAAACCUGCAGUAUAAAGAUACUGGAGCUUAUUGGUGUGCUGUGGAGACUGAAGGUAUAACAUGGGAUGUGACAGAGAAGCUUCAUCUCACAGUUCAGUCAGCUCCUGAUGUGUCUGUGGUGAACAGCAGUGUAUCUGGACAUGAAGGUGGUGAUAUCAGUGUUCAGUGUCUCUACAGUUCUGGAUAUCAGAAUGAAGUCAAACGGUGGUGCAGAUAUAAAGAUCCGAGCUGUUACACAGUGGGGAGGACUGACACAUCCCAGAAUUCAUCAGUCCAGAUCAGUGAUGAUGGGAGAAAUUUCACUGUGCUGAUGACUGGACUAAGACUGACUGAUUCUGGCUGGUACUUCUGCUCUUUAGGGAAACAGGAGGCUCCAGUUCAGCUCACAGUCACUGGAGUUUUGACCUUAGAAGAAUUUGACAGAAAUGGGGAAGACUGCUGACUUGGCAAUGGUCCAGAAGACAAUCACUGACAUCCUCCACAAAAAGGAUAAGUCACAGAAGGUCAUUACUGAGAGGGGUGGCUGUUUACAGAGUGCUGUUUGAAAGCAUAAUGCAAAGUUGACUGGAAGGAAGAAAUUGGGUAGGAAAAGGUGCACAUGCAACAGGGAUGACCGCAAGCUUGAGAAAACUGUCAAGCAAAGCCGAUUCAUAAACUUGGGAGAGCUUCACAAGGAGUGGACUGAAGCCGAGGUCAGCACAUCAAGAGUCACCACACUCAGAUGUCUUCAGGAAAUGGGCUACCAAGCCACUUCUGAAACAGAAACAACGUCAGAAGCA